AAAUGUUUUCCAACUUUUGAACUGCGCGGUUCUGGGGUGGUCGUGUAACGUGCGAGCGCUGCGUUUAAAUUUCUAAGUGUCUUGUUUUCAGUUUUUGCGUGUUUCGUUUGUUUGUUUGCAUCUAGUUAUUGUGUGUUUACAAGUGCUUGAAAUACAUGCAGACAUUUUCGUGGCGAGCGGACGUGCUUUUGUUGUAUUUUUUUUACCCGCCGUUUUUCAUCGUAUAGUGCGCGCGUAGUAAAUUGUCUUUACUAUUGUUUUUUAUAAUUACCGGAGAAGCGGAGCGGUUGACUGCUUUUUGCAAUCUAGCAGUCAAGGAGAGCGUACGAGAGAGAGAGAGAGGUUCUGGCGGCUAUUUUAUUAACGAUCUGUUGAAUGGAGACUGCGUGGGAACUCUUCUUGGGCUAAUCGCGCAGCCCCCACAAAAAAGGAAGAGAUAUUUAGACAUUUCCCCUAACGGACAUUCAGGCCAGGCAUUAUCAAUGGUGGGCGGAUAUACGAAAGCCAACUCCAACUCUUCCACUCUUCCAACUCUUCCACUCCAAGCCCCCUCCAAGUUCUCCCCCUCAUUACCACCCCCCUGUCAGCAGCCAUUGGUGAGCUAUUACGAAACAUGUCUGAGGCGAUUAUCGAGGAGGGAAAUUGCAAACCAAAUGGCAAUGUAAUCAACGAAGCCGUUGUUGAGGUCGCACCAGAGCCAGAACCACAACCACAGACAGAGCAAGAGAAAGUUGCAAACGGUACCAAUCAGCGAGAAUCAGAGAUAGAUAGCGAUACGAUCGACUAUAUCGAUGCAACCCUGAAAAUAGUGGAGGCCUUCGAGAGUGACGCGUCCUAUGCCACACUGGAAAAGAGCAACGUCAACCUCAAGGACGGCAAGGCAAAAAAGAAAUCGGUUAGCUUUAAUCCGAACGACGAGAAGAUACGAAAAUUCACCACUGGAGAGCCCAUCGUUGAUCAAAAGAAUCCCUUCCGGAAUGGCCAUAUAGCGGGUGGAGGAGGAGGAGGAGGAGGCAGGGAGAAGAAGACCCCACCGCCAGUGCCCACAAAGCGAUCGACAUUGAGCGUACGGAAGACGGUUACCCAACAGCUGCGCGAACGGGAACGAGAACGCGAAAAGGAACGAGAACGAGAGCGGGAGCGAGAGCGAGAGCAGCUCAAGAACGAGACGAAUGCGCGAAAGAAGAACGGAGGCAUCAAAGGGAAUCCCGCAGGUGCUGAGGAAUACAUAACCACCGAGGAAGUACUUAAGCAAUCGAAAUAUGUAAAGACGUAUAUUAAGAACCCGGACGCCUACUUUGUCUACGAUCCGACGGUGCUGGCCCGCCUCAAGUGCGAGGAGGAGCAGCAGAGAGAGAGGGAAAGGGAGAGGGAGAGGGAGAAGGAAAAGGAGAUCCCCAAGCGAAAACAGACGGGCCUGAAUCGCUCCACCCGAAUACGAACAGCAAUCAGGAGAAGCCUGCCCCUGAGGACGACCAGCAGCCAGCCGCCUACGAUCCCGAAGGAUCACGAGCCACCCUCGACCUUCACGAACACCAUCAGCUCUGAGGAGUUCCAGGCCUAUCUGGAGCGCAAGGGUCUGGCGCUGAUGCCCAAGCGAGAGCUGGCCACGCCCUCGCCCUCGUCGACGCCCUUGGCCUCGGCCUCGCCCUCGCCAUCGACGCUGCCGAGGACACCGGAGGAGCGACGCAAGCAGGUGGCCGAGUCGCUGGCCGCCCUGCGCCAAAGCAACACCAAAAAGCUAUCCGUUCUGCAGCGUCUCUCCAACAGUUUGUUUGCGCCCAAGCGCAAGACGACGCCCAAGCCGGUCAUGCCCUUGCCGAGGUCCGUUUACGGGCAGGAGGAGUACCGGAAGGCCAGUGCCGGAGAUGUGCCCACGGAGAUGCGGCGCAUUCUGCUAGAGCGGCAAAGCCACCAGAAUCAAAACCAGAAUCCGAAUCAGAACCAGAACGGUCGUCUCCAGAACGGGCAGGCCACCGCCAUGCGACGCUCCACCGAGUACACAAAUGGCCAUGCGGUCCAGAACGGAGGUGCCAGUGCUCCCUUCCAGCGCACUAUCGAGCGGCAGAGCCUGAUACCCAGACGCGUCUCGCCGGAGAGCCACAAUCCCAGCCGUUUCAAUCGCUCUGCGUCGAUGGACAGAAACCAGAUCCGGGCCCAGAGCCAGAGGCAGCCCAGCCGACUGGAGGCAGUGGGCCAGCGUCGAUCGCUGGCCUCCGCCUAUGUGUCGUCACCUACCGAAGAGCAUCUCAAGCCAGUGGCCACCUCUACGCCCCAGCGAAAGACCCAAGAGAGCAGCAAUCAGCAGCAGCCGCAGCAGGCCAGCGGCAAUCAGAACGACUGGGAGAAGCUGAAGGCCAUCAAGGAGGUGACCGAUCGUCAGCUCUACCACAAGGUGCUACAGCAGCAGCAGCAGCAGGGACAGCAGCAGGGACAGCCGCAGGGACAGCAGCAGGGACAACAGCAGGCACAGCAGCAGGGACAGCGGCAGGGACAGCGGCAGAGCCAAGAGAACAUCUACGAGCACCUGCAACCGAAUCAGUUGCAUCCCGUCCAGCAGCAGUUUGUGAGGGGCUCGUUGCAGCGGAACACCUUCUCGGGGAUCAGCGGCCGCAAUCGGCAGGUGAUGAUCCUCGAUGGAACACCAAUAAUCCCUGUCCAGCAGAUACAGCAACAGCAACAACAGCCGCAACAGCAGGCGCCACCGGCACGCUGCCAGAGUGUCCUGGACAAUAUGAUCCGUCAGGCGAGUCCCGGCCAGAUCCACGCACGACGUGGCUACGAGAGCGAAAGCGAGGCGGCACCCAGCGAUGGUGCGGCGGUGGUGAUGCGUCGCUCGAGCAGUGCCUCGAGCCGCAGGAUCGGGGGACUGCUCACCCGCGAGGAGAUACUCGAAAAGGUCAAGGAGUUUUGCCGCAAAUCGAUCAGCCGCACCCCUCUGCCCGCGGCCAAGAUGCAGCCCAUCUACGAGACCCGGAGCCAGAGAAGCCCCGCUUCUGGCGCCGCUGCGGACACCUCACCCGUGUCGUACGCCUCUGUGGAGACCAGCCACAAGCGUCCCGCCUCACAGCUGAGUGCCGCCGCCCGGCCGCAGGUGCCACUCCGAGUGCAGAGCCUGCCCCAGUCGCGUGCCUUUGUGCCCGUUGCAGCCGGCGCCGGGGGGGCCACCGCCUCGCCCAUUUACGCGCACGUGAACAAGCGCAGCAGCCUGCUGUCCAACGACUCGGAGCAGUAUCUCUCCAGCCAGCAGCUACAGCAGCUGCCGCAGCUGAUGAGGCUUACCCCCACCGAGUACGUGCUGGUGGAGACGGGCGAGGGCCUGCAGGCCGCCAAGCUGGUGGACUACCACCACAACAGCCUAUACAUGCAGCCGCAGUUCGUGGCGCGUCCGGCUGCCGGCCACGGCCACGGCCAGGGCCAGGGCUCUUAUUUGCUGCAGGAUGGUCGUGCCACGCCGUUGAUACUGGAUCGUGCCCCCAACGGACACCAGAGCCAGAUCUAUUGGACGCCACAGCACCACCAGCAGCUGCAGCUGCAACAACAGCAACAGCAGCAGCAACAGCAGCAGCAGCAUAUGAUCCAACAGCACCUCCAGCAACAGCACCUCCAGCAACAGCACCUCCAGCAACAGCGGCUCCUGACGAUGCCCCUGAGUCCGCGCGGAUAUCCGGUGCCAGCGCCACGCGUGAGCAUGCCCAUGGGUGCAAAGGGCAUUGUGCCCGCUCCGAGGAGUCUCACACUGCACCGGGUACAGUCCAGGUCCAGUCCACAGGGGCGAAACGCCUCAUCCGAUUGGGAGCUGAGCUCGGAGGCGGGCGAAGUGCGGCGCAUCAUGGAAAAGAACUUAUAAGGCAAAAAGAACAGCAUGGACGAGGACAGUAGCAGCAGCAGCGGGAGCGACAAACCCAAAACCCACUCGAAGUCAACAUCCACCGAGGA